CGUAACAAAGUCAACCGCCUAUCGUUAGGCAGAGCGCGAAGUUUUGUCGGCCAGUGUGUAAACAUGGCGGAGAGCGACACAGAAGUUGAAUUUAAAAAGGAGACUGUGAGCAAGGUCUUGUCAAGUUUCUUCAGGGAGGACAAAACAAAACUCAGUGGUGAUGCUACCCUUCUCAUGGCAGAGAUGCUGAAAGUGUUUGUUCAGGAGGCUGCUGUGAGAUCUUUAAAACAAGCUGAAUCGGAGGACUGUGACCAAGUAGACAUUGAGCACUUCGAAAAGAUUUUACCUCAGCUGUUGUUGGAUUUCUAGCACCAACUGUACCACAAGAUGGAGCCAGAGUGCUGUAUGCAGCAAUUGAUUCAGUCCCUGCAACCAGCUUACCUUUGUUUACACUUUUUGUGUGUUUGUAUUUGCAUACCAUUUUAGAUCAUCCAUUACAUUAAGAUUCACAGACUGCAGUAUUUAUUUGAGCUGCGUAAUGUAAAGCAGAAAGCCGCAGUGUUGUCCACUCCACUCCUCGCCACCACCAAUAGGGCCCACCUGUGCUCCUCUGUGCAACAACAGGUGCUUCCAGCAUGCUCUCCGGCGCCCUUCAUCAAAGCCUCCUGGAGCAGUUGGAAGCAAUUAGAGUAAUAAGGGGAGCAGCCAGUCCCUUAGAUGAUGACAAGUGCCAGGAAAAAAGGAGUACCCCCUCCGGCCACUUUGAAGUUCCCUUUUGCUGUCCUGCGAUGUUUAGUUAGAGGUGGGGGGAAGGGCAUGGGGGACCUCUGGCACAGGGGGAAAGUUGAAUGGGAGUGUGUGUGCGUGGAUGCGCGUGCAUGUGUUAGCCAAACACGGCCAGAGACCACACGCAUAGAUAUUCUGUUUGAAAGGAAACAUAACAAAACACAUUGGAGCAUGGUCCAAGAAGAGUAGGGUGUAAUUCUGAAGGUAAAUAAACAAAAGAGGCAAGUAGUAGAGGUGCUUUCUCUCCCUUUCAUCACAGCAGAAGGGGAAGUUGGAACUGCUCUGCAGUGGGUAAUGUGGGGUUUUCUAACCCAACAGCCUCUGAUGGUUUUCCACCAGCGGUGCACUGGGACCGGCGUGUCUUCACUCUGACUCAGCAUAGCUCUACAACACCUCACACUAUUUAUUUGUGUGGCUGAUGGGUGACUCACUACACUUACAACUGCUGCUCACAUACAGCUGGAAGCAACUUGGGUGAAGCUGGAGUCCAGGCUGUGCUAGGUGUUCAAGGACGUGCCACCUGGAAUUUGACCCAGCACCUUUGCAGUAGGGUCCAGACUGGAUCUAGUGUUUCCUAUGUGUAAGACACACAGCAGACUCUGAAGAAGAGACCCGUAUGAAAUAUAGUUUAAUGAUCCUUUAGGAGCACUCGACACAAUAAAAUGUAUUUGUGCAUAUCAUCAUUCGCCAACAGCUAUUCACAUUCUCUAGCGGAAAAAAACAUGCCUUCUCGUUUUGAAAAGUUCUGUACACUGUAGAACAACACUGCUAUGAUGUCUAAAUGAAAUCCUGCCAUAACAACACUUAAUGGAAACAAUUUUCUUAUCAGAUUAAGCCGAGAUGCUAAAACAAAUACAUCUUAAAUACAUUUGCAUAUUGAAUGAAGUUAUGCUCCAAGGUGUGUCACAUGAAAUAUAUACCAUGAAAUUCCAGGCUGAUAGCCAUUUACUUUCUCAAAGUUUGUUGUUGAUGGAUUUGAAAUGGACCUCGCCUGAUUGUCAGUGCUGUGAAAUAUAAUAAAAUCACUUAUUCUCUUGGAUUUCA